AUGGGAAAUGCGAUUCAAACUUUAUUCGAUCCACCUUUACCUGAUCUAAUCAGGGUGGCUAUACUCGGCUGCAGAUACCUAGCCUUUGGCGUCGCUUUCCCUAUCAUCUUCUUGAUGCUACUUGACGCAUCUGCUUACGUUGUUUUCAGAACUCUCGGUGUUUACGCUAGACGUGUGCGUGUGGUCGAUAACGUUUCAAAUCCAAUUGCUGUCGAUAUAGCCACAAUUAGUUCUGUUGAGAAGAAGGAAAACUCUUCCCUCAUCAGAAAUGCUUUUCUCGAAGGCAUAAACAAUGAUAAUUUCAAUAAACGCUCUAAUAUCAACAAACAAUGUUUGAAAACUUUGGCUAGCAACUUGAAAGCUAGCUCAAAUGAUCUACACGCUCAUAAAGCAGCAAAUAUUCCUCUACCUCCAGACGCUGACAGGGGUUUAAGACAUCGUCAGCCUCUUACUGCUGCUUGA